CUCACCGCGGUCCCGGCUCGGUCCCGCCCCUCCGCGGGCCUCCCCGCCCGCCUCCUCCCGGGGCUAUGGCCGCCUCCCACGCCGCGCGGCAGCCGCAAAAUGAUGGCUGUCGAUCCUUGUCCCUAUCUGGUCAUGUUGGUUUUGACAGUUUACCAGAUCAACUGGUUAACAAAUCCAUCAAACAGGGUUUCUGCUUCAACAUUCUUUGUAUUGGGGAAACUGGAACUGGGAAAUCAACCUUGAUAGACAGUUUGUUUAAUACCAGUUUUAAUGACCCUGUGUCAACACAUUUUCAACCGAAUGUAAGACUUAGAGCCCGGACAUAUGAACUCCAGGAAAGUAAUGUUCGUCUGAAACUCACCAUUGUAAACACGGUGGGGUUUGGUGACCAGAUAAACAAAGAAGAUAGCUAUCAGCCAAUAGUGGAUUAUAUAGAUGCACAAUUUGAAGCCUAUCUCCAGGAAGAACUGAAAAUUAAGCGUUCUUUACAUAGCUACCAUGAUACUCGCAUCCAUGUCUGCCUCUAUUUCAUUUCACCUACGGGCCAUUCCCUUAAAACUCUAGAUUUGUUAACCAUGAAGAGUCUUGACAGCAAGGUGAACAUUAUACCAAUUAUAGGCAAAGCAGACUGCAUUUCUAAAACUGAGUUACAGAAGUUCAAGGUCAAACUUAUGAGUGAAUUGGUUAGUAAUGGUGUCCAGAUAUACCAGUUUCCAACUGAUGAUGAAACUGUUUCUAAAAUUAAUGCCAUCAUGAAUGGACAUUUACCAUUUGCUGUAGUAGGAAGCACAGAAGAGGUCAAAGUUGGAAACAAAAUGGUGAAAGCUCGUCAGUACCCGUGGGGCAUUGUGCAAGUGGAAAAUGAGAACCACUGUGACUUUGUAAAGCUUCGUGAGAUGCUUAUUUGCACAAAUAUGGAAGACUUAAGAGAACAGACUCAUGCACGACAUUACGAGCUGUACAGACGCUGCAGACUGGAGGAGAUGGGCUUCAGAGACACUGGCCCUGAGAAUAAACCAGUCAGUCUACAGGAGGCCUAUGAGGCGAAGAGGCAUGAAUUCUACAUUGAGAUGCAGAGGAAAGAGGAGGAGAUGCGACAAGUGUUUGUGCAGAGAGUGAAGGAAAAAGAAGCAAUAUUGAAAGAAGCAGAACAAGAAAUACAGGCUAAAUUUGAACAUCUUAAGCGAUUGCAUCAAGAAGAGAGACUGAAACUAGAGAAAAACAGAAGAGUUCUAGAAGAUGAAAUGGCUAUGUUUAUUAAGAAGAAAGCUGCUGCUGAAUUACUCCAAACACAAGCAUUGGUCUCUACACCUGUUGUUAAUUUGAAGAAAGACAAAGACCGCAAGAACUUUACGUAAUACUGAUGAGAGAAGAAGCAAAAGUUGAUAAUUUCUCUCAAGGAAGCUAUGAUUCACAAAGGGCUUUUGAAGGGGAAGGAGUUGCUGUUUUUUACUGAAAGAAUGUGGAAAAUGUCUCUUAUUACUGCAGGCUACAAGAGAAGAGUUUUUAGGUAUGAUCUGUAUGCAUAUGGUGCUGUGAUUACUGUCACAUUAAUAUGUCUUCAUGGACUUUCUGUUAUGCAGAUAUCUUGUUCUGCACUUGCUUACAUACAUGUGGCCAAAUUGCAUUCAAUUUUUAUGCAUUGUUCAAAAGAAAAUGACCAUGCCAUAAACUGUUUAACUCAUAAUAUGAAUGAAAUGAAUGAAAACUUGUAAUAUGAAUGCAGUAGUACGGAAGUGUUCAGUGAAUGUAUCUAAUAUAACCUAUCUAAAGAGGUAUUUUUAUAUGAUAUGGUAUGCUAAUCUACUACAUAAUAUUUAAUACAAAUGUUGACAUAAUUCAACCACUUACCAAUUUUUGCUGACAAGGAUUCUUUUAUAAUUUUAUAAAUAAACACUGCCCUAUCUUUUGGAUAUAAUCUUUCUAAUCCAAAUUCAUCAGAUAUUUUUGUGGUGCUGCUGUGUUACAUGCUAGAUUAUCUGACAUUACUAACUUAAUUUGGAAAGUAUCUAUAACAAUGCUUGUGACUUUGCAGUCACUGCAAGAAACCAAACUUUACAAAAAGCAUUAACUUCAAGAACUUCAGGGUAAAGCAAGUUUAAAACAGUUUAUAUAUUUCUAGUAGUUAUAAUAACUAAUUGGAAACAUGCUAUAAAAAGUGCAAUUCUCUGAAUUCUUUUUGUAUGGCUACUUUAAAAUAUUAACUUGAGAGAAAUA